CAUCAACCGCGCUGUGGUUUCUUGCCUUGCAGAGUUUGUUCGAGUUCCGUGCGCACCACGAGGCACGCGCUUCAUUCUUCCAGGAGACUCUCUUCAGAUACCGGCACUGAAUUAAAACGAUCAUUCAAAAUCAAUCGAAACUGGUACCGGAAGGAUACGACAGAGGAACCGGUGUCCAGGGGCCUUCGCCAUGGAUCGCCGACGCGAUUGGUCGUUGGUGCUUCUAAUAUUUAUACUAGCUUCACACAUCCCGCAUGCGCCAGCCAGACACCACCACAUAAAAUUGAGACACGACAGGCACAGAAGACAGCAUGGCGAAAGCUACCUGCCGCCGCACUUCGUCUUGGACACCGACGAGCAGGAGACGGGUACCUGGGGUUCGUGGUCUACACCAAGCUCCUGUUCACGUUCCUGCGGUGGAGGAGUUGCCUACCAAACGAGACGCUGUAACGACGUAGAUCCAGACGGGACGAAGAGGUGUACAGGGGCAAAGAAAAGGUUCUUCUCCUGCAACAUUCGGGAUUGUCCAGAGCCAGCUAACGACUUCAGGGCGGAACAAUGUGCAGCGUACGACAAAACGCCAGUUAACGGUGUCUUGUACGAGUGGGUUCCUUACACUGGAGCGUCUAACAAAUGCGAGUUGAACUGUAAACCGCGUCGCGAGAGAUUUUACUACCGUCUCAAAUUCAAGGUCACAGAUGGUACACCCUGCGUCUCUGGUCAGAACGACGUUUGUGUCGAGGGUAAAUGCAUGCCUGUGGGAUGCGACAUGAUGCUCGGCAGUGGUGCUAAGGAAGACAGAUGCCGGGAAUGCGGUGGAGACAAUUCGGCCUGUGAUACGCUUCGCGGAGUAGUCGAUAAUGACAAUAUGAAAAUUGGGUACAACGAUAUCUUACUGAUACCCGCCGGUGCAACGAAUAUUGCUAUCAGCGAGCUACGUCCGUCAAACAACUACUUGGCCAUUAGGAACUCGACGGGUCAUUAUUAUCUGAAUGGAAAUAGAACAAUAGAUUUUCCCCGAAGCUUUAAGUUUGCUGGCACCGUUUUUCGAUAUGAGAGAAGACCUACGGAAAUUAUGACUGCGGAUAUGGUCACCGCGCUGGGACCAACGAACCAGACAAUUUACAUUGUGUUGCUUAAACAAGGCAAAAACGUUGGCGUUGAUUACGAGUACAGCAUAUCGAAAAGACUCUCGAACUCUUCAGACGCUGAGAGUUACACUUGGGUCGAAGAAGAGUUUUCCGAUUGCAGUAGUACUUGUGGCGGAGGAUUCCAGUCGAGGCUGGUCAAAUGUGUCAGACGUGGUGAUAACGAGGAAGUGGACGCCAAUCUAUGCGAUCAGCAACUUGAACCAGUCAGCAACGUAUCAUGCGGCGAAGAGGCGUGUCCACCUGAAUGGGUGAUUGGGGAUUGGGGUCCAUGUAGUAAAGCCUGUGGACUUGGAGGAGAACAGACGCGAGAGAUAAAGUGCGAGCAAAUCAUUUCCGGAGGUAUUCCAUCGCUUGUGGAUGACACUCGUUGUUUGAAAAUAAUCGGACCUAAGGGCAUUGAGAUACAGAAAUGUAACGAGGAUGUUCCAUGUCCGCAGUGGCACAAAGGCCCAUGGAAACCUUGUGAUCGCCUCUGUGGCCAAGGAAAGGAGAGGCGUAAAAUAACUUGCUACAAAAAAGUAGACGGAAAAAUAAUCGUCCUACCUGAUUCCGCCUGUCCGGAAGAGCGUCCGGAAAGUGAGAAGGAUUGCGAAUUGAGACCUUGUGCUGGGAUUGAUUGGGUCGUAUCCAAAUGGAGCGGUUGUGACAAUAAAUGCGGUCUUACUCAAGAGACUAGAACUGUAAGCUGUGUCUCAUUGGACGAUAAAAUAUAUCCUAAUGAAAAGUGUAACCCCGAAACGAAGCCUGAAUUAGUCAGGAGUUGUUCGGCUCAAGAAAAGUGCAAUUACCAAUGGUAUGCAACGCAGUGGAGCGAGUGCUCUGUAGAAUGUGGCACUGGAAUCGCAACUCGCAAAGUAUUUUGUGCUACAUCAGACCCUGAACUGAGUUGCGUAACAAAGGUUGAAGAUGAAAAAUGUGAUCCAAGUACAAGGUAUAAUGACACUCAAGAGUGCACUGCUGAGGUGAAAGAGUGCAAAGGUGAAUGGUUCUCGGGUCCCUGGAGUGAGUGUUCCAAGCCAUGCGGCGGUGGUGACAAGACUAGAAAGGUAAUAUGCAUGAAGGAUAAUAAAGUGGUUCCGUCUAAGGAUAAUUGUCGUGAAGAUGAGUUUAUGCUCGCCAGCGACAAUUGCAAUGAGAAGGCGUGCGAGCAAGAUGAAGUUAUACCAGAAGAACGAGGAAAACCCAAUGCACCAACGGAUGUCGAAGAAGACGAAGAAUGUGAGGAUUAUGAAGACGAUGAAUUCAUUUCUGUUAACCAGGAUCUUGGCAUUCAGCAGUCUAGGAACAAUGACGAAAUAGAGUCGUCAGGAAGUGGCUUAGAGGAUAUGAUGAUGAGCGAUGAUUCUAAUGCACUACCCCCAAUACCAGGCCCGCUCGGCGAUACAAUUGAGCAUAAUGACUACUUUUACGGAGAAGGAAGUGGUUCCGGAUUCUCAUCCAGUUUCACUGAUGACGGGAACAGUUCUACGACCUCCAAUCUUGACUAUAGAACUGAAACUACCAAUAUGUAUAGUUCACUUGGAACGUCGACUUCAGAAACCAGUUUAGAAUCGUCCGGAACAUCUGAAACAAUCAAUCUAGAUACAAAGGCCUCCACAGAAUUGGACAAAGUUGUAUCAACGGAGUCAACAGAACAAACAAUAUCAACUAAAGCAUCUGUUACGUCGAAAUCGCCAAUGACCACUAAACCCAAAAAGCGUCAACCAGAGGAUGUGCCCUACGAGGUAGUGCCACCUGACGUUACCAAGCCACCAGUAACCACCGAAAAAUCGACUUUGCCUGAGUCUACCACACUAUCAGCCGGUAUUUCAAGUUCUAGCCCUGAUAGAAGGGCUUCCGAUUCUUCAUCAACUGUAGAAACGACCGAAGCUUCUGAUUCUACAGUUGUUUCUAGUUCCGAUGAAAUCAAACCGUCUACAACUUUAGAACCAUCUGGUUCGGAAAUUAGUUCGUUGUCGACCCCAGAAGCGUCAACGUCAUCUGAUGCAGGCAUAACAAAUCGAACCGUUUCUGAAACGACUGUAUCGUCUGAUUUAGAUACAUCAGAAGAGUCUAGCACAAAUGCAACAGAAUCAACCAGUGCAGGAACAAUGGAAUCAUUUGGAUCAAAUAUAACACUGACGUCGAGUUCUGACAAAACCAGCACUGAUGCAACGGUAGUGUCUAGUACAACAGAUUCACUGACUUCCGGUAAAACCAGCAUUGAUACAACAACCGUCUCUAGCUCAGAAGCAACAGCUUCAUCUGAUUUAACCACAAUCGGCUCUGCCGGUACGGAAACAAAAGAAUCUUCUGAGUCAGGCACGAUCGAAUCAUCUGGCACACGUUCAACAAUGUCAGCUGGUACUGUUUCAACAGUGUCAACCAGCUCUGAAACGUCAGUGGCAUCUACUUCAGAUACUACUGGAACAUCUGAAGCAAUCAAUCUAGAUACAAAGGCCUCCGCAGAAUUGGACAAAGUUGUAUCAACGGAGUCAACAGAACAAACAAUAUCAACUAAAGCAUCUGGUACGUCGAAAUCGCCAGUGACCACUAAACCCAAAAAGCUUCAACCAGAGGAUGUGCCCUUCGAGGUAGUGCCACCUGACGUUACCAAGCCACCAGUAACCACCGAAAAAUCGACUUUGCCUGAGUCUACCACACUAUCAGCCGGUAUUUCAAGUUCUAGCCCUGGUAGAAGGGCUUCCGAUUCUUCAUCAACUGUAGAAACGACCGAAGCUUCUGAUUCUACAGUUGUUUCUAGUUCCGAUGAAAUCAAACCGUCUACAACCUUAGAACCAUCUGGUUCGGAAAUGAGUUCGUUGUCGACCCCAGGAGCGUCAACGUCAUCUGAUGCAGGCAUAACAAAUCGAACCGUUUCAGAAACGACUGUAUCGUCUGAUUUAGAUACAUCAGAAGAGUCUAGCACAAAUGCAACAGAAUCAACCAGUGCAGGAACAAUGGAAUCAUUUGGAUCAAAUAUAACACUGACGUCGAGUUCUGACAAAACCAGCACUGAUGCAACGGUAGUGUCUAGUGCAGGUACAACUGUGACAUCUGAUACAACCAUAAAGGCGUCUACUAGUUCACAAACAGUAGUCUCCACCGAUUCAGAUACGAUAAAAACAUCUAGCACAGACAUAACAUCAGCUAGUACAAUAGUAUCGACCAGCUCAGAAACGUCAGUAUCUGAUUCAGAUAUAAAAGAAACGUUUGGUACAAAUACAACAAUGUCAACCAGUAUAAUCUCAACAGCGCUAACUAGCUCAGAAACAACAGUAUUAUCCAGUUCAGACACUACAGAAUCGUCUAGUUCAGAGUCAACGGAACCCUUGAGUUCAAGUACACCCGUAUCAUCUAGUUUUCAGACAACAGAGUUGUCUGGUUCGGAAACAACCGAAUUGUCUAUCCCAGACACGUCGCUAUCAUCUGGUUCAGAAACUUUAGAAUCAUCUACACCUGACACAAGUGUUUCACCCAGUUCCGAGGCAACACUUUCGUCAGGCUCAGGUGGAACUGUAUCUGCAUCAUCUACUACAAUGAGUCAAUCCACUGAAUUUGGUAUAACAUCGAUCACCGACGGUACAGUUACCGGAAGUACUGAAACUUCCAAACAAUCUACGGGAACUGUUACAACGACAGAGUCUGAUGUCACAAUCACGUAUUCAGGAACAACAGUCUCAGAUGAAAUUGACAUCACAACGGAGAGUGAUAUUACAAGUGAUACUACUGAGUCAGGUGUCACUGAAACAGAUUAUGAUCUGGAUACCACUGAGCAGUCGCACAUUACUGAGAUUUUCACAGUUAUCGGACACACCGAUCGAACGUUACGAAGGCAACUUAAAUGCAAGCCGAAAAAACCGAAGACUUGCAAAACGUCACCAUUUGGCUGUUGCUAUGACGGUGUUAAACCUGCUACAGGACCGUUCGGACGAGGUUGUUUUAUUCCCAAAACGUGCAACGAAACAAAAUACGGAUGUUGUCCUGACGGCGUAUCACCUGCCACCGGAAAGAAUAACGAAGGCUGCCCCGAUUCACACUGUAGUGAUACACUCUUUGGCUGUUGCCCAGAUAAAGUUACCCCGGCGGAAGGAAAUGACUAUGAGGGCUGCGAAAUACCAUGCAACGGAACAGAAUUCGGCUGCUGUCUCGAUGGUAAGACGGCAGCUGCCGGUGAGGAUAAUUUCGGCUGCUGCAAUACUACCACAUACGGUUGCUGUCCAAACGGAAUUGAACCAGCAUCUGGUCCAGAUGGUGAAGGUUGUGAAGAAGGAGAAACAACCUCUACUAUUACCACACCAGCGAAAGAAACUACUACCGAAAUUACGAGUGAAGUCACCGAUGAGCAGACCACUUAUACACCUACUACCACUACCGAAAUUGCUAAGAGUUGCGAAGGGUCAAAGUUUGGUUGCUGUCCCAACAACGAAACAAGUGCAACUGGCGAAAACUGUGAAGGGUGUAAUAUCAUUAAUGCCGAAAACUGUACUUCAUCUGAUUACAAAUGUUGCCCCACGGCUUGUCAGAAUAGCAAAUUUGGUUGUUGUGACGAUGGAUUGACGCCGGCCCAUGGCCCGAACAUGGAAGGCUGUUGCUUGACCACGCUCUAUGGAUGCUGCCCUGAUAAUAUUCAAAAUGCUAAAGGACCUAAUUUCAAUGGCUGUGGUUGUCAAAAUUCAAAGUACGGAUGCUGCCCUGACAAUACGACAACUGCGCUUGGAUCAAACAACGAAGGGUGUGGAUGCGAGUACGCACCUCAUGGGUGUUGCCCUGACCGUCUGAAUGUCGCACAUGGACCAGACUUUGAAGGAUGUCCUUGCCAUACUUAUCAAUUUGGAUGCUGUCCCGAUGGAAUUUCUGUUGCUAAGGGACCUCUUAAACAAGGUUGUGGGUGUGAAAACACCAAAUUCAACUGCUGUUCUGACGGUCUCACACCAGCCAAGGGUCCGAAUUAUGCCGGCUGCACUUGCGACGUAUCCAAGUAUGGCUGCUGCCCAGACGGUAUCGAAGAAGCACAAGGAGAAAACUUUGAAGGAUGUCACAGAGUCCUAUUAUCUCCCGCUGCUAUUUGUACUUUGAACGAGGAUAAGGGUCCUUGUAUGAAAUGGUCUGUGAAAUGGUACUAUAACGUUUCCAACGGAAUGUGUCAAAAAUUCUGGUACGGUGGCUGCGAAGGGAAUGAGAAUCGUUUCCACACUCAGCAGGAAUGCAAAAACACCUGUGUUGAGCCCAAAGGGCGUGAUGUCUGCUUCCUGCCCAAGAUCGUUGGGCCGUGUGACGGAUAUUAUCCAACAUGGUAUUAUGAUACUGAUAGAAAACAGUGCGCCCAAUUUAUCUACGGAGGAUGUCUUGGAAAUGCCAACAAGUUCAAAUCUAAAGAAGACUGUGAAGAACUUUGCGUUCUUCCUGAUAAUGAUGAUCGUUGUGAGCAACCCAACGAACCAGGGCCAUGCGAAGGUAAUUUCACCAGAUGGUAUUUCAACGCAGAAAGCAGUAGCUGCGAAGAAUUCAAUUAUGGUGGCUGCAGAGGUAAUGAAAAUAACUUCCAAACGGAAAUCUCCUGCAAGCAGCAGUGUGUAACACCUAGACUUGGUCGCGUACGAGAUGUGUGCAACCUGGAGAAAGAGCCUGGGCCAUGUCCCGGCUCUUUGCUACGCUGGUACUACGAUGCUAACCAUAAAUCUUGUAGGCAAUUUGUUUACGGCGGUUGUAAAGGCAAUGGCAAUAAAUUCCGAACAUACGCUGCAUGCGAGCAGCGCUGCCCCCAUAGAGGUACUUGUUCGCUACCACGGAAAGAGGGUACCUGUACGGAAAAACUCUCUCGAUGGUUCUUUGACCAAUCAGGGAAACGUUGCAUGCCCUUCUAUUACACUGGCUGUGGUGGAAAUAAAAAUAACUACGAAACUAAAGAUGCAUGUGAUACUGACUGUCCGGUAAAGAUUGAGCAAGACUCUUGUCUACUGCCUGCAAUAAUCGGCGAGUGCUUUAAUUACACUCAACGGUGGUAUUACGACUCGACCGAAAAACACUGCAGACGAUUUUACUACGGAGGUUGCGGUGGAAAUGGAAAUAAUUUCGAAACUGAACAUGAUUGCAUACAUAGAUGCGAAUCUUCAUCUUUAAUGCCCGCACCUACAGUUGAUGAAUUCCGAAGAGAAUAUUGUUUCUUGCCUGAAAACCAUGGACCGUGCAGAAUGGAGUCGGUUAGAUGGUACUAUGACAGUAGGUCUGGUAUUUGCCAACAAUUCUACUACGGUGGAUGUCAAAGUAAUGGCAACAACUUUGGAACAGUUGAAGAAUGUGAAAAUCGAUGUGGAAAUGUGCAAGAUCCCUGCGAUCUACCAGCAAUUGUUGGUCCCUGCAGAGGAAGUAUUAGGCAGUAUUAUUACGAUCGUCGUACCGACAUGUGUCACGAAUUUGCAUUCGGCGGGUGCCAGGGUAAUAAAAAUAGGUUCGAGGACAAGAAGUCAUGCGAGCAGAGAUGCCGGAAGACAACCGAUGCCACGACUCUAGUCACGCUACCUACAACACCUCAUACCAGAGUUGAUCCUGAGAGUUCAUCUUGCUUUGCACCACUCGAUUUUGGUCCAUGCAGAGAUAAUAUUACUGCAUUCUAUUACGACGCAGAAAGCCAAACUUGCCAAGCAUUCCUGUACGGAGGAUGCGAAGGGAAUGCCAAUAGGUUCCAAUCAUUGGAGCAGUGUGAACGCGUAUGUGGAAGCUUCCGAGGACAAGAUGUCUGCAAUCUUCCGUUGGACCCAGGCCCCUGUAACGGAUUGUUCCCCAGAUUCUUCUAUGACUCAAAGACUCGUGAAUGCCAUUCAUUUAUUUAUGGUGGAUGUCUUGGCAAUGGUAACAGGUUCACGCUCCAAUAUGAGUGCGAGUCUGUUUGUGUACAUCGUGAAGAACCUCCAGCGCCUGGAAACAGAACCACGUAUGAUAAUACAGCUAUCUGCCUUGAGCCUGUAAAUAGUGGAUAUUAUGGCGGGUCAGGUUACUACAAGCGUUUCUACUACGACGAUGAGCGCCUAGAUUGUAUAGCAUUCAUUUAUCAAGGUUCAGGAGGAAAUCUUAACAGAUUCAAGAGCCGUGAAUCUUGCCUUAAGACUUGCUCGAAAACAAACGAAGUGGGCCCAGAAUUUAAAUAUCCUGAAGACGCGUGCAUAAAAGCACAAAAAGAGUGCAAUGAGAUUCGUUGCCAGUACGGAAUGGUGGCACGCGUUGAUGAACAAAAUUGCGAACGAUGUAGCUGCGUGGAUCCGUGUCUCCCAGUAAAAUGUCAAGAAGGAUCGAAAUGUGUAAUAACUUCAGUUCUUCGAGGGGAAUCAGCCGUGUAUCAAGGCACUUGCGAGAGCCUCCCAACUGUGACGAAACCAGGAAUGUGUCCAGCAGUAGUGAACGGUGCAAGUUGCCAGGAAGAAUGUGACUCGGACGCUGAGUGUCCUGAAGAUUUAAAGUGUUGUCCGAGCAGUUGUGGUUCGUCUUGUGUGAAGCCAGCUGCUGCGGUGCAGACAGUACCAGUUGAACCGGUACCGACGGAGCCUCUACCGACGCCUCCUCCAGUGCCAACCGUCACUACUACACCAAAUUCGCAGUUAGUACCCGCUGUCAUUGAACAACCGAAAGAACCCAAACUUCGCGCCGAACAGGGUAGCUACGUUAUCAUGAAAUGUGUUGCCAUUGGAAAUCCACCCCCGGUUAUCUCAUGGCGAAGGGGUGUGACAUUGAUUGACAACUCAAUGGGUAGACACAGUAUAAAUGAUGACGGUUCCCUCCAAAUUGUUGGACUCUAUUCAGCAGAUGCAGGAAUUUACACUUGCACAGCCCACAAUCGUCUGGCCGCGCCAGUCAGAAUACAGUAUGAACUAGACAUCACUGACCCUCGCGCAGACAGGAGUUCCACUAUCUUUGGCAAACCAAACUACCGCGUGACAGUGAGCUUGAAUUCGCCUGCAUACCUAAAAUGCUUCGUCAUGGGCUGGCCACGACCUAUCGUAAACUGGUGGCACGAAGGGGAAAUGAUUUCGCUGGCUGAUGAUGUGUACGAAUUACAGCGUGAUUACGCACUAAAAAUACAUACAGUAUCUCUGGCUAACCUUGGAAUUUACACUUGCCAAGCUUAUAACGGUGUCGGAAAAGCUGCAUCGUGGUCUGUAACUCUACAAGCACCUGGUCCAGUUAUCAAUGUCAAACCAGAGUACGAAAGAUAUAUCAAAUACCUCAUUGAUCCUUCAAGACUCAGUUCGCCAGUCCGCACUAGAAUACCUGAUUAUCCUCAAAACAGACCGAUGCGGACGAAAGCUCCCGUAUCUCAGACAUACGCUCCUAUCUACCCGCCAAGUCAAGCUCCUUACAUCCUAACUGUUAAUGUAACCAAACCGCCCCCUGCAAUUGUGCUUGACAAAUACACAGUUCCAGUGAAAGUGAACGUUACGGCAGAGGAUGGCCAAUUCCCAGUGGGUAGUGACUUCAGCAUACUCUGCAACGUUUAUGGGUACCCAAUUCCAACUGUACAGUGGUACAAAGAUGAUAGACUCAUCCAAACAACCGAAAAAAUCAAGAUUGUUGAAGCGAACAGACUGAGCAUUUCGUACGCCCAAAAGAAUGAUUCUGGAAAAUACCGAUGCGAAGCCGCUAAUCAGUACUCUAGUGAUUCGGAUUCUGUAGACAUUGUGGUAUCUGGGAUCUACAUUCACCCAACUUGUCAGGAUAAUUUGUUCUUAGCAAAUUGUGGUCUGAUAGUCAAAGGAAAAUUCUGUAAUCAUAAAUGGUACGCCCGAUUUUGCUGUCGAUCGUGCACAGAAGCUGGCCAAGUACCUCCGAGAGGACCACAUCUUAAUGAAACUAGUAGAAAGAGAAGAUCCAUUCUUUCUACCCCCUAAACGAGAAGACGAUUAUUCAACAUUCCAAGGAGUGGGAUACAGAGUAUUUGUAUCACAUAAUUCACACAGUCAGGCUCAUGUAGUAUUUUCCAGUAAAAAUUCACAAAUUGAAUCGUUCCAAAGUCAAUAGUCGUUCCAAGGACAAAACCAAUACUUUUGCAUCCUAACUAUGAUGCAAAACUUCUUGAUCACAAUGUACAUAUUUUUAAAGGUGAUACAUUUCACCAUGAUUCAGAAGUUCCCAUGACAUGAAACAGUAUGACUGUGAACAUAAUUUUUUCGCCAAGUUUAUAUAUUGUGAAAUAACAAACCAUUCCGGUCAUUCGUCAUUAAUGUCAUUAAAAUGUUUCAUCCCGCACCUCAGUUAACAGUGCCGUAUCCCCAGAAAAGCAUAUUCCGCAUCCCUAGAUAACGGUAAUAACUGAUUUAGAAGUCACACUUAGUGGAGUAUUUCACCGAUUGGAUGUUGACGGAAAAUCGAAUGUCGUUCACUGCCAAAGCCUUAGAACGUUUAUACAUAGAUAAAUAAAAUAUAAACUAAUUCGAGUUAAAGUAACGUAUUUUAUUAGAAAUCUUGAAACCGAAAAUUAUGCCAUGUAUGUUUCCAAGCAUGUUUAGUUAAACCAGCCAAUUUAUUCAAUGAAACUAUCCGUGUAUACACGAUCUGACGCUGAAUCCUAGUCCGUUGGAGCCACAUUGUGUAUGUAAUAUGAUCCAACAUGGCAAAUAGUGUGUUAUUGAUUUCGAAUGAUAACUUUGCAAACGUCAGAAGGUAUUUGUCACCUGUAUAAAUGAUAGCCACUAGCGUGAGUAGGGAAACAUCACAUAAUCUUCAAUUGUUAACGAAAAAUGUCAGGGUAUCGAUUCAAGUCACGGUUUCGAACGAGGCUGACAACAGAAAAGCAUGGAACAAUUGAUUCAACGCUUCAGAUCGUUUUUUAAAUUUAUAAACUAAUGCUGGUUCGACAUUACGAGGUGCCAACAAUUAUUCAAUAUAACUGCUGAUAUUGAAAAUAUGUUCCGAUACUUGUUGAAUGAGUGAAAACCGAUAGAUACGUUGGAUUGUAAAAUAUAGUUGUAUAUGACAUCACUAGAUUUCAAGUGAAUAUUAUGAACUACUCACAAAUACUCAUUAUUACGAUAUUAGAAUAACAAACAUACAAACGUAAACUUUCUAACAUAUUUAAACCUAGGGGUACAUAUUAAACUCUCUACUUCAGAGGUCCCACGUUUCUUUGGGAUUAUACAUCCGGCUUCUUCUCACUGCCUUAAUUGUCAACUUUGGGCAUUUUGUUCGGACGAAAGAAAUAUCCUGCUUGCAGGUACUUCAGGCAGGCAAUACAGCUGUCCGAUUUUUUCACCCUUCCACAAGUUACAGCGUGCUUUGCCUCUCAAGUAAAGAAAUGUUUAAUAUAUAAAUGUACAGUUAUUUUUUUAUACCUUGUGUACCAGGAUUACUAUUAUUAAUGCUUCAAGGUUACUCUGGCUUUCAAUUGAAUCAUGUUACAUCUAUACGAGAUACUUGUUCCUGAACUAUUAAUAGUGAAUAGCUUAUUACAUUUUUUUAAUGUUUUUUUUUUCGUAUCGCCUGUAUACUUAUCUUGACUUACUAAAAUUUCUAUGACGAAGUUAUAAAGUGAGUACACAGUAAGAUAUUAUAAAAGGUACCAAAUGCAUUUAUAUACUCCAUUAAUUGUUGUAUAUUUAUAUAUGUAUACACAAAUUAAAGACAAUUUAUUAAAUUUCUCUCCACGACACUUUAAGCUCAUGAUAUAUGAAGGAAUGAGCUAAUUACGUCUUGCACCGUUGUAAAGAUAUUCUCAUGUAUUACCCAUAUAAGAUGAUAACCUUAGGAUCGCUUAAGAUUUUUCACUUCUUAUAAUCUAAAAUACGGAUAUAGCAUUAGUAUAUCCAUUAAAAUAAGCAUAAUAAAUUAUCAAGUAAGUAUACACAAUUUAAAAUAUAUAUCUAGCAUGGCUAUUACUGCAUUUUCCGCUAAGGUAAGCAGAUUGUCUCUCACUCCUUUAUAUGGAGCCUUAUUGGCCCAAUUGGAGCGAAAUACAGUGCCUUAUAAGGGAUAAGCUCAGAGUGUUUGCGUAGAAUGAAUCGAUACCGAACGGCCGAUGGAUUAUUUAGAACAUGUAAUAAACUUAUAAUUUAAUUC